AUGGAAUCUAAGAAAAAGACCAAGCAGGGCAAAGGCAAAAAACCUUCAAAUGUCGCAAAACUAGCAAUGCAGGCAAGAAUAGAAGCAGAGCACGAAGAAGAAGAAAAAUUACAGCAAGAAGCUUUAAGAAAACAAAAAGAAGCUGAAGAAGAAUUGAAAAGACAAGAAGAGGAGCGUCAUAGACAAGAAGAAAUUGAGAAACGCAAAAAGGAAAGAAAAGAAAAAAAACAGGAAAUGAAAAGGCUGGGGCUCUAUAGGACUCCGCAGCAAAUAGAAAACGAUAGAAAAGAUGAAGAAGCUAAAAAGAGAUUUCUAGAGUUGGGAUUAGUCAAAACGAGUGACAUUGUAACACCUAUGGGAUUACCGGAUGGGAGAAAUAGAAAGAAAAGAGAGCAGUUUAAGCCAAAGCCUGUAGAAGAAGUAAAAAUUGAAGAGAAUAAAGGGGAAGAUGUAGAAGACGACUUAGUAUCUGAAAAAUUACCAAAACGGAAAAAAUCAAGGGCGAUCAGUGAAAAUUCUGACGGGACUAAUGAAGAAAAGAAAAUUGAAGAAGCUAAAAUAAGAUACAAAGCUCCAAUUGUCUGCAUAUUAGGACACGUUGACACAGGCAAAACCAAACUUCUCGACAAAAUCCGACGCACGAAUGUCCAAGCCUCCGAAGCUGGUGGAAUCACUCAACAAAUCGGUGCCACAAUGUUCCCUGCAGACGCUAUCGAAACCCUUACCCAGAAGCUCCCAAAUCUCUCCUUAUCAAUAGACGUCCCAGGCUUACUCAUUAUUGACACUCCAGGCCACGAAUCUUUUUCAAACCUUCGAUCCCGAGGCUCUUCUCUUUGCAAUAUCGGCAUCCUCGUCGUCGACAUAAUGCAUGGCCUCGAAAACCAAACAAUCGAGUCUCUUUCAAUUUUUAAAACCAAAAAUAUUCCUUUUAUUGUCGCGCUUAACAAGAUUGAUAGGCUUUAUGAGUGGUCUCCAAGCAAAGAUGAAGCAUUUCUGACUACUUUUAAUAAACAAAGCGGCCAUGUUCAAAGCGAAUUUAUGAGGAGGGCUAAGGAAACUAUUUUAGAAUUCAACCAUAAAGGCUAUAAUGCUGCACUCUAUUAUGAAAAUCCUGAUCCUGAGGAAUAUAUCAGCUUAGUCCCGACAAGUGCGAUUACAGGAGAAGGGAUUCCGGAUAUGUUGGGACUGAUUCUGAAUAUUGCGCAGACAAAGCUGAGGAGUAGCAUUAUUUAUCAGCCAAAAUUAGAAGCGACUGUUAUGGAAGUGAAAACUAUUGAAGGGCUUGGGACUACAAUUGAUGUGAUUUUAAUGAAUGGGGUCAUAAAAGAAGAUGAUAAUAUUAUUGUAUCUGGGUUUAAUGGACCGAUUUCUACAAGAGUUAGAGCUUUAUUGACACCAAUGCCGCUUAGAGAAAUGAGGGUUAAAGGCGAAUAUCUCCAUCAUAAAGCACUAAGAGCUUCUAUGGGUGUAAAAAUAUCAGCCCAAGGUUUAGACCACACUAUGGCAGGUUCCCCUCUUUUUAUAGCCAAAAAUGAAGAAGAAAUCCCACGCCUUCAAGAAGAAGUCCAAAAGGAAAUCACAGAAAUUUUUAAAUCUAUCAACAAUAAAGACAAAGGAGUCCAUGUCCAAGCUUCAACUGUAGGCUCAUUAGAAGCUUUAUUAGAGUUCCUAAAACAGUCUAAAAUCCCUGUCAGCAGCAUCAAUAUUGGCCCAGUUUUCAAAAAAGAUAUAAUGAAAGCUCAAACCCAAAUAGAAAAAGGGAACGAAAAACAAUAUGCAACAGUAAUGGCAUUUGACGUAAAAAUCACCCCAGAAGCGCAGGAAUAUGCAGAUUCGUGUGGGGUAAAAAUAAUUUCUGAUAAUAUUAUAUACUUUCUUAUAUAAAUUUUAUUAAUAUCCUUAUAAGGCCAUUACUAUACAUAGCUCAAGGAAACUCAGGAUAUUUCACCUUUUCGAUAGGUUCACCAAAUAUGUAGAAGACAUAAGAAAACAAGAAAGACUAGAAGGGAAAGGGAAAGAUGCCGUUUUCCCAUGUCUGCUUAAAAUUGUUGAAAUUGUGAAAAAUUCAGAUCCCAUUACUUUAAGGGUAGAUGUCGUCGAUGGUGUUCUAAAGGUAGGCACUCCAUUAUGCAUCCACGAAAAAGAGGAUUUAAUUAUAGGAAAAGUCGAAUCAAUUGAGCUUAAUGAUGAAAAUAUCGAGCUGCAGAGGCCUGGGCAAGGGAGUGUUGUCAUAAAACUAAAAGGAUUAAACCCUGAGCAAGAUGCUUAUGAGGCAGGUAGGGAUUUUGAAGAAAUUGAUGAGCUGUCAAGCUGGAUUACAAGAGAGUCUAUUGAUUUAUUGAAGGAUUAUUAUAGAGAUGAGAUGACUAUGAAUGAUUGGAAAUUGGUCAAAGCUUUUAAAAUCAAAUAUGAAAUCGAUUAA